CUCCAUUCCCGCACCUGCAGAAGCUUCUCCUCCCCAUGGGCACCGCCCCCUCCCCAUUCCGCCACCGCAAGCCCUACUCGCCCUCCUCCGCCGCUGCCUCCCGCCAACCGCUCCUGCUGGACUGGAGAGGUUUGAGCGAUGCCGCCUUCUUGCGCGCCACGUGCUCGACGGAGUUCCGCUGCUGCACAGGAGCCAAUAAACGCUAGGAUUAGGCGCCUCCCGGGGUCCCUUUUAGUUCCCCUCUAACGAUUCGUAGGUUUCCGGUUUGGUGUGGCAGUGUGCUGUGAUUUGUGGGUGUCUUGGUAUUGACUAUUGAGUCUACAGAGAAAUCAAGAACUGCCCAGUUUGGGUUCCCAGUAGUUUUUUUAGCGGUUUUGGUGCUUUUAUGGGAGUGCCCGUCGAGCAGAAGUCCGAUUCUUGGAUUGCCUACCUUGCGAUGAUGGACUUCGGCGGCGGCGAGAGCUGCGGCCUCGGCGUCCGGCCUAUUAACGGAGGCCGAGGUGGUGGCGUAGAGCAACGGGAAGCGGGCAAGGACGGGCCUCCAGUGUCCCCGCCGGAGCGUGUCUGUACACCGCCUGCAUCGAGGUUGGCUGGGUGGAGGCGCUUCUCGUCGCCUGGUCCUCUCCGAUGCACAACGCCGAGGAGCGUUAAGUAUGAAGCUGGUGAGGAUUCGGAUUGCUAUUUCUCUCCACAGAGUGAGUUUUCUCAAGACACUUUUGAUACGGAUUCGAUGAGCACAAGUAUCAGUAGGACGUAUAGCUUCAGGUUGGGGACUUCUAGCCCAUUAGAUAGUCCUGUGAAACAGUUGGGAGUAGGAGACACAAGUCCUCCCUCCAGCAGGAGUGUCCAUUCUGGCCAAUAUUCUCCUAGCUAUCCUUGGAAUUCUGGGCGGGGAUCAGAUGGCGUCGAUUCUAGCUUUAUGAAUUCACCCCCUUGUGAUGAUGAAGAGAAAAAAGAUGUUGUACAACAAAUUGAUUUUGAGAGUAAUCGACACAUCUGGUAUCCACCACCGCCUCAAGAUGAGGGUGACGAUCUUGAAAAUGGGUUUUUUGAAUACGAUGAGGAUGAUGACACUGAUGUUUGUGGUGGGAAGGUAUUUGGACAUGACAGCCAUGAUUAUGGUGAUGAUGAUUUACUAGAGAUCAAAGGAAAACAUAAUACAGCUCAUAAAGAGUUCCUGAUAAAUGCUUUACAUGGGCAUUUCAGGGCUCUAGUGUCCCAAUUACUCAAAGGGCAUGGAAUCGAUCCUGUGGAUGGCUGGUCAAACAUAGUAUCCGUAUUAGCAUGGCAAGCAGCUACCUUUGUUAGGCCAGACACAAGCAAAGGUGGUAGCAUGGAUCCCACUGACUAUGUCAAAGUCAAAUGUGUAGCAUCAGGAAAUCCAAAUGAUAGUACUUUCAUUAAAGGUGUUGUUUGUUCUAAGAAUGUUAAACAUAAACGCAUGGUGUCAAAACAUGAGAACCCUAGGUUGCUUCUUUUGGGAGGAGCACUGGAACACCAGAAAGUUACGAACAAACUAGCGUCAAUAAACAGCAUUCUUGAACAGGAAAAGGAGUAUCUUAAGAAUGCUGUUGCAAAGAUAGAGGCCCAACGCCCUCAUGUCUUUCUUGUUGAGGAAAGUGUGCCAUUGUAUGCUCAACAGCUUCUUGCAAAAGAUAUCUCUUUAGUAUUGAAUGUCAAAAGAUCACUUCUAGAAAGGAUAUCGCGCUGCACAGGUGCUCAGAUUGUGUCAUCCAUUGAAAAUCUCAAUUCUGCAAGGUUUGGACAGUGCCAAACAUUCUGGAUCGAGAGAGUCACACAAUGCCCAUCACCAAAGAUCUCGAACAAAAAAACAGUCAAGACACUGAUGUUUUUUGAUGGUUGUCCAAGACGUUUGGGUUGCACGGUUGUUCUAAGAGGCAAAUCCUACGAAGAGUUAAAGAAGGUUAAACUUGCUGUACAGUUUGCUGUAUUUGCGGCAUACCACCUGUCACUUGAGACCUCAUAUCUUGCGGAUGAGGGUGCAACCCUUCCAAAAGUCCCUUCAGACCUUCAACUUGAUAAGCUGAAUUUUGCUUCAAGUUAUUGCCAGCAGAAUUUGAAUGAAUUUCAAUCCAUUGAUGAGAGAACUUCCGGAAAUGGUUGCAUCAUGCCUUGCCUUGAUGGUUCUUCUGCAGAUCAAUCUCAUUCAAGAGCUGACUUAAUUCAUGAGGAAUAUGUACAAUCUCAUUCAAGAGCUGACUUAAGUCAGGAAGAAUACUUUGAUGGAACCAUUGAGGUGCACUCUUAUACCACAAAAGCUUCGAUGUAUGAUGACUGCAUACCACCUGUAGGCAUAACUGUUCAGACAUCCAAAAGUUUAAUCACCAGUGUCAGUAAAAGGGCAUCAGCAGAUUUAUAUUUUUCUCAUAAUGGUCACAGAGAUGAAAUGGUUGGUGGACACUUAAAGGUUGAAAGUGACUUGGACAAUGCUUGGCAUUGUAUAUCAGAUGAAGACCGUGUAGCAAUACAUGAUCAUAAUGAGAAUCACAACGAAUAUCUACCAACAUCUGACAAUCCUCAGAGCAUUUUGGUUUCCUUGUCAAUUGCAUGCCCUCUGAGAGGAAUUGUAUGCAAGCAAUCUCAGAUCUUCCGCAUAAAGUUCUAUGGUACUUUUGAUAAGCCACUUGGAAGAUAUUUCCGUGAAGAUUUAUUUGUUCAGACUUCAUGCUGCAAAUCUUGCAAGGAGCCUGCGGAAUCUCAUGUGCAAUGUUACACUCAUCAACAAGGCAGUCUCACAAUCAGCGUUAGAACUCUUGUUUCUAUCAAGUUACCUGGGGAGCAUGAUGGCAAGAUAUGGAUGUGGCACAGGUGUCUCAGGUGCAAACCAAAAGAUGGAAUCCCUCCGGCCACACAAAGGGUAUUCAUGUCAGAUGCGGCACGCGGAUUAUCUUUUGGGAAGUUUCUGGAACUUAGCUUUUCAAAUCACACAACAGCCAAUCGAAUUGCCUGCUGUGGACACUCCCUCCAGAGGGACUGUCUUCGUUUUUAUGGGCUUGGAAGCAUGGUUGCUGUCUUCCGUUAUUCACCAGUAGACAUUCUUUCUGUCAACUUGCCACCCUCAAUACUGGACUUUGCUUAUCCAACAGUUCAAGAUUGGGUCAUCAAAGAGGCUGCUGGUGUAGCCGAUAGGAAGGAACGAUUGUAUUGGGAGAUCCUUGUUAAACUUGACUGCAUUGAAAAGAUAGUUAAAGCACAGAGUGAUAGCAUGAAGUCAGGCUUGUAUAAACAUAUUGCUGAGCUUAAAGAUUUGGUUAAAAUUGAGUGGAAGAAGUAUGGUGUUUUGUCAGGGUUUUCUAGCAUAGAUAACUUGCAGACAUUUGAAUCAACUAUAGAUGUUCUAGAGCUAAAUCACCUGAGGCAAGAGCUUGUACUUGAUGCUCACAUAUGGGAUCGCAGACUGUACAUGAUGCACUCCCUCACGAAGGAAAACUGUCGUACUGUGCCAACUGAUGCACAAUGUUCUGAGAAGCUUACUGAAAGCUCUUUAGAAGAAUCAAAAGAUGUGAUAUCUAGUAAACAUGAGAAUAAUGAGAAUUCAUUAGAACAGAUAAGUACGUUGGAAGUGGCCACAGAUCCUGGGAAACCAUCCUCCACAAAGGAAGAAAGCAACAUGAGUGUGCCACAUUUUGGGUUGAAAACCAACAUUGUAGGCGAUGUAUCCCUGCAUUCCGGUGAUGUAUCCUUGCAUUCUGUUGAAGGCUAUUCUGGCUCUGCUGGUCUUGGCUUUGCCUUGAGCCCAUGUGAAGUACAGAGCGAAGGAGUGCUGGCUGAUGAACUUAAAGCUGGAAAGACUUUGCACAAGUCACAAUCUUCUGCUUCCAAUCUUUCUGACAGAAUUGACUUAGCAUGGACCGGCUCUGGUCAGUUUGUUAAUGAUCCAUCACAAUGUAGCAUGGAGGCAUUUCCAGUCAUACCUGCUGCUCUGAAGGAUGAUCCUGCAUACCAGAAGGUUAUAGCGCCAAUUAGAAUCAAAUCAUUUGAUUCUGCUGUCAGUUCCAGAAAUAGGUUAUCACCUGUUGACGAUUCAAAUGCUAGCAUAAGAAGAUCUUAUUCUCAAAGGCCUCCAAAGGCUAUUGAGAGAACUGGUAGGCGUCUGUCUCCAACAUUCAUGAACAAGCUGUCACUUUCUGGUAUGAUGGAUGGCGAGGGUCGAUUGCUACCAACUCAAAAUGCUUCAGGUGUUGUUGUUCCAAUUUAUGAUGAUGAACCAUCUAGCAUGAUAGCCCAUGCCAUGACCGUUCCAGAAUAUCAUAACUUGUUUCCACUGCUGGAUCAGCAUAAUGAAUCUAGUGUAUUGAAUUAUGUGGCUCAUGAGUCUACUUCUAGGAGCUGCUCAGAUGGAUCAAUGCAGAGCUAUGGUUCUGACCCGCCUCAACCUAUAACUGGAAAUGAUUUGAAGGAUAUCCAUUUGACAGUUUCUUUUGAGGAUGAAGAUGCAUAUUCUGUUGAUAAAGCAAAAUUUUCUGUGACGUGUUAUUUUGCAAAGCAGUUUGAUGCAAUCAGAAGAAAAUGCUGUCCAGAUGAGCUGGACUAUAUCCGUUCUUUAAGUCGCUGCAAGAGAUGGAGUGCUCAAGGUGGGAAGAGUAAUGUCUACUUUGCCAAAACACUAGAUGACAGAUUUGUCAUAAAGCAAGUGACCCGGACGGAAUUAGAUUCAUUUGAGGACUAUGCAGCUGAAUACUUCAAAUAUUUAACAGAAUCUGUAUCUUCUGGUAGCCCUACUUGCCUCACUAAAGUCCUUGGUCUUUACCAGGUUGUUGCCAAGAAUUUGAAAGAUGGAAAGGAGCUGAAGAUGGAUGUAAUGGUUAUGGAAAAUAUUUUUUUCAAGAGGAAGGUAUCAAGAAUAUACGACCUAAAAGGCUCCUUGCGUUCCCGCUACAACCCUGAUACAUCAGGGAACAACAAGGUUCUCUUAGAUCUGAAUCUAUUAGAGACACUUCAUACGAAGCCCAUUUUUCUUGGAAGCAAAGCAAAAAGAAGGCUGGAACGAGCUGUCUGGAAUGACACUUCUUUUCUGGCAUCGGUGGAUGUGAUGGACUACUCUCUUCUAGUUGGAAUUGAUGAAGAAAGGAAAGAGCUUGUGAUGGGGAUCAUUGACUAUAUUCGGCAGUACACGUGGGACAAACAGCUAGAGACUUGGGUGAAGGCGUCAGGAUUCCUGGGUGGCUCCAAAGAUGUUCUGCCGACGAUCAUAUCCCCAGAUCAGUACAAGAAGAGGUUUAGGAAGGCCAUGUCGAAGUACUUCCUGACUCUCCCUGAUCAAUGGUCACCUUGAUCUCUUGAUGCCAUUCACCCAGGCAUCAGAUGCAUUCAGGCAGGAUCGAGCUCCCCGGAGACGACAGUGGCGAUUCAUGGCUGUCCAUCCAGGCAAGCGCCUAGGGAUCAAUACUUGUACAUAAACUACAUUGUAACAUGAAAUGCAAAAGAAAUGAAAUGUGCGAUAACUCCAGUUCCUUAGCAA